GUAUUGAAAACAACUGUUAAUUUUAUUCUACGAACAAUAAUUAUUUUUUGUAAAAAUAUAAUACAAUUUUCAGAGUAAUACUCCAAAGUUAGGCCACACACAGUGCAAUAAUGUGUAUUAACAAUUUGAACUGUCAAUUUUUUUAUUUAUUUUAUCAUUUAUUGUUUAAAACGCAAUAAAGUUGAUAAGUUACCCUCAGUUAAUGAGAAAGUAUUAAUAAUAAAAAUAUUUUCUUCAGUCAAUAGUGUGCUCACUGUCAGUUAAAUAGUAACGUGUGGCCUAACAUGCCCACACAUACCUAAUGCGGUAAGUACAUUAUAUUUUUCAAAAUUUUGGAAUGUGUUUAAAUCGUAGAACAAUUGUAACUUCUGUUUUUAAUACAUAUUUCAAUCCUCUAUAAAUAACUUCUCAUGACUUUUGAUGUAACAUAAUUAGGAAAGCAGGAAUUCAACAGUUUAGAAUUUUACAUUUAGUUUCCUAUGGCCCGUUUUCCGAUUCACCACCCUGUAUAACAAGAUACAAACCAAAGACGUAUGGCGUAGAUAUAUUAAUAUUAUGUGACACAUGACAGAAGCUCGAAACAAAUGAUAAUUAAUCGAUGAAAAGCCCUAUACUCGGAUAGGGGGAAAGUAGUGUUUUCUCUGGUUUCCUGCUUUCAUUGCACGAUUCCUAUUCCUAGGUGAGGAUCUAGUCACAGCCUUACCUCCUCGAGUUUGCCAAAAAAGAUAAUCACAAAAUCUGAAAGGGACCGUUGCGUUGGUACUGAAUCUGAAAAGGGAAAAACAAAGAAGAGGAGCUCGUCUAGAUGGUAGUGUGGACGCAGGCCGUCGUUUGCUGUCUGAAUGUCGAUCCACUUAUCCCCAAAACUAAAAACCCAACCGUGAAGAGGCGAUAAAUGCGGUAUAAAAGCGAGUCUCUAUUCGAAAGAACGUUUUUUCUGCGGCCCUGCGAUGAUAAUGUUUUUGUGUGUUUGUCAGAAGUGUUCUCAUUUUUUGCUAAAUAUUUUCUUUGUCCAUUUUAAUCUACUGAACGAGCUCUACUUUUGUAUUUUUAAAUAGCGUUUCUUUUAAUAGUUAUUUAUGAUAUAAGUGUUAAAAGUACACGUUUAAGGCACGCAUGUGUACUUAAAAAUGUACUUUUAACCACGCAUAUCAUACAAUAUUUUUUCUACAAACGUAAUUACAGGACAAUAGCUACAAAAACUUUUACUUGAACUUGACUGACAUUCCAUUUUUAUAUUUUUUUGACAUAACAUCAAAAUUGCCUAUACGGUCAAUACGAACUGCAGUGCCUUAAAAAUUUUAAAGCACUAGUGCCUUAAAGUAGCAUUUUUAACACUCGUAUGGAGUGCUAAAUAUUGCAUUUUUAACACGGUUGUAGAAAAAAUAUAUUAUUUAUAAUUUUACUUGUAGCAUUAAUAUGAUUUUGAAUUAGGCUAUUAAUUACAAGAAUUCGGAGAGGUGCAAAUGUAGACCACAGGUGAAGAUCGAAGAAGACGAAAAACUAACAACGAGUAGAAGAAUUUAGUGAGUCUACAACGAGAAGGGGAAAGCGAUAAAUAUGGUGAUGCCAUGGUUGGCCCAAGUGCGUUGUGUGCACUUGGCAGUGUUUGCUGUAGCCAUGAUACCCAUUUUUGCAUGCCUAUCGUAUCUCAGUACGAAUCAGCUACAACCAACAGCAAUCCCGCUACGUACCUAUGAAGUAAAACUAGUCCAAAGUAAUCAAAAUGUGAGCCAAUUAGAAACAGAAAGGCAGCUGUCACUGGUUGUUCCCUCGAAUCCUGCCACAAACGCAACCAGUAAUUCAAUUCAAGGGCCAGAUCUGACGAAGGGUGUAGCGGCUGAAAAAAUUUACGAAGCUGGGCAUAUGCAUCACGAUUCUGAGAUAUGUCCAAAUAUGGGUGAAAAUGUCAAGUUGCUGAUAGCGAUCACUUCAGCUCCUAGUCAUGAAAGUGCCAGACUCGCUGUCCGGGAGACCUGGGGUCAUUUUGCGAUAAGAAAAGACAUAGUUGUAGCUUUUAUGUUAGGUGCCACUUCGAAUCAAACUGUAAAUAAUCGAAUAGAAGCUGAACAACAGAUCUAUGGUGAUAUUAUCAGAGGAAAAUUUGUAGAUACAUAUGACAAUCUAACUCUUAAGACUAUCUCAAUGCUCGAAUGGGUUGACAAUUUUUGCUCCCGAGCUCAGUUUGUACUUAAGACAGAUGAUGAUAUGUUUAUCAAUGUUUCGAGACUUUUAGAGUUUAUAGCAAGGCAUAAGCCUGAAGAAAGAACGAUUUAUGGUCGACUGGCCAGAAAGUGGAAGCCAAUUAGGAAUAAAAAAUCUAAAUAUUAUAUAUCUCUUCAACAGUAUAAGCCGCCUGCUUUUCCUGAUUUUACGACGGGACCAGCUUAUCUGUUUCCAGCUCAAAUAGCCAAGGAACUGUACGUAGCUUCUUUAAACUAUACUUACUUUAAGCUUGAAGAUGUUUUUGUCACAGGAAUAGUGGCAAAUGGACUGAAGAUCAAACGUGCACACGUACCAGAGUUCGUAAACAAGCGCGUGAAAUUUACAUCUUGCAACGUGCAAAAAGAAAUCAGUAUUCAUAUGGUAAAGGGCGUUGAACAAUAUGAUUUAUGGAAAAAAUUACAUGAUGUGACACAGUGCAAGAAGUAAACGUGUGUGAACCAAGAACUAUGGUGCGAUUUUUUAUGCACUGAACUAAAAUUAUUUUGUGUAAAAAAUGUAAUACUCAAAUUCAUAGGAACAAAUGCAUCACAUCAAAAACGUAAGAUAUUAUUGUUUUAUACCCAGUUAUAAAAGAGUGUAUUAUAAUUGUUAUGUAUAUACUAGUUCAUUCAAUUAAAUUUAUUAUUUAUAAUUAAAAAAUGUAUAUUUGUACAAUAUACAGUUGUAAACAAUU